CAAAGUGAGGGGAGCCAGUCGAGAGCCAGAGACGGGAAGGCUCAUCAGCAGUUGCAGUGAACAAGUCUACACACACGAGUUCCGACCACAAGGGAGGUUAAACGAAGACUAUCGACAGUGUAACAUUCAAUUCAACAAACUAUUUUCUUGGUGAACUUUGUUGUGACUUCUCCAGGAUGUCUUUAGCGAGCACUCUACUGGGUGAUCUGAAGGGGGGUUUCAGGCUGCCCAUCACCCGCCGAGGAGCCUUCUUGCAGGAUGACUUCUUCAGUGGUUUCCAAAAGGAUUACAGCCGCGCAGUGGGUGACGUGCUCGACAGAUGGGGUUCCCGCUCCUCUAAGGCUGACCGCUUUGCCUCCUACAGGAAACUGAGGGAGAGGGACGCCUCUGAAGACAGCCAGGCCGCGACGAUCUCCGAGACCACCGACAACUAUGUGAUCGUUUUAGACAUGAACGAGUACUCCAGCGGUGAGAUCACAGUGCAGACGGUGGGGUUCUCUGCCCUGGUGGAGGGGAAGGUGGCAAAUCGCACUUACAAACGAAGCUUCCCGCUCCCCAAGAACACCAUCAUUGACCGCGUGGUAGCAGACCUCUCCGACGAGAACAUUCUCACCAUCACCGCCAAGAGGAAGGGGAAGGGCGUGGCCAUCAACGUGGACUCGACAGACGACGCUGCCAGGUCCGCUACCAGCUCGCAGCAGCAAUCAAGUGCUGAUGUCACGUCUAUUGAGUCGCAAAUUAUUCCUACUGAGGCAGAGAAGACUCAGACGUCGUCAUCAGCCACCACAGAGGAGAGAGUCAUCCCCACUGUCAGGGAUGGAGGUAACACCAACACCUCGCGCACUGUCAAGACCGAGGCAAUGGCAUCAUCUGGAACGCGUAAAGGCUCAAGCUCCAGAAUAAUUCCUCUCAAUAUCGAGGGCGAAACGAUCGCCUCCCAGACAGUGGAUGAAGCAGAUUCAGCGGCAACCCAGACAAGCGCAACCUCAAGCACAGCCGAGAAAAUAAUUCCCACUGUGAGGGAGGGCGGCGCAACACAAGCUGCCUCUACCUCGACAACUUACUCUUCAUCUACACAGAAUCGAGUUCUGCCCAUCAACAGACGCGGCAGGUUCUUCCAAGACUCUACCUUCGAAAAUGUCUGGGAUGACUUUGAGUCUGCCAUAGACGAACUCAUGUCCCGGCGAGGGUCUCGCUCGGGGCAGGAGGAGGACAAGUUUCAGUCCUAUAGGAACCUCCGUCAGUGUGUCCAACAGGAUGAUAACCAGGCCGCCACUGUCUCUACAGGCAAUGGAGAAUAUAAGGUCGUUGUGGACGUGAAGGACUUUGUGGACGGUCACCUGGACGUGAAGGCGGAGAAAGGGGCCAUCGUGGUCGUGGGCAAGAAGGGUACGUGUUCCUUUGAGCGGAGAUUCUCAAUCCCUGGACUCUCACAGCCUGACUUGGUCGCUGCGGCUCUCUCUGCUGACGGCGUCCUCACUAUCACGGCUCCUAAAUAACUUAAACGUCAAACAAUACCCGUACUGUAGACAAAAACUGUCUUCAACACGUCCAACUAUUACGCUCCCUUCGCCCUGUGGAAGGUUCUAUAAAUAUUUCUAUUUGGUUCAUAUAAAACAAAAACAAAGGGCAAGUCAGCUGGAACCGAGAGCUCGAGGAUUUACCUUCACUCGUUUCACUAUAUUCUUAUGAAAGAUGAAGAAUUAUCAACCAGUAAUUUUUACUUAAGGUAGACUAUAGCAGUUAGGUCUUCGCUUUUGUUCCUGUUUUAGCUUACAAAUACCAUAUAAAUACAACCUCUGGGGCAAGUGUAAACGCCUCCACGAAUUGAAAACACCGACUCGACCCUCUGACAUAUACAGUGGUAACUCCCUUGUAUUACCAGGGUCGUAUCCAGAGCAUGAUAGGGAGGACAGUGUUGGACAAAAUCAUCAAUAUAUUGUACCAAUUCAUAAUGCUGAGACUAAUGUACUGUUUUAAUCACAAUCAUUCAUAUGCCCCAACCUGGUCACAAGGUUCACAGUUGAGAAAUCACAUAUAUUAUCAAACUGUAUAAUGUAUUUUCUUUUUCUAGCACAAAGAAGGGAGGAAGGUUAUAGACACUCAUUAACUCCCCCCUCGGAUAUAGCCCAAAAAUUACAGUACAACCAUACCUAAGGACUGUACUUGGAAAUUCUUGGUUGCUUACAUGAGGAAACCCCAAAAUUAAAGUGAUGAUUUUAAGUCUUCUGAAUAAAACCUGGGGUCCAUAUUGUCGCUUAUCACGCGGUAACUUGUGGGGUGGAUAGACGGUGUGAACAAGAUAGUUUAGUGGUAAUAGGAUAAUUUAUGUUUUGCUUUUGUAGUAUUUAGCUUUAUCUAUAUAUCAUGCAUAUCAUAUCUGUGUUUAUCUGUGAACUGUAUAUAAAGGGUUAAAUGUAUUUUGCCAGUGAUGAUAUUUAUAUGAAGUAAGGUGUAAGAGAUGAGACUUUUUGUUACGGAGAAUAAAAAUAGAUUUGUACAACA